GAUCCCUCCACUCACCGCCGCCUCGCCGGCUUCUUCUUCUUCUUCGCCUCAUCACAUCGCCCGCUGCGCUUUUCCGCAAUUUUUUUUUUAUACGCAGAGGAAACCGCAAAUAUUGGACCAAAAGAACACUUUUUUUAACCAAAAAAAAGGGGGAACAAUCAGCAACCAUGGCGAAGACUGAGGACAAAGCCACCAAUAAGGAGAACGACUCCAGCUGGAAGGAUGUCAUCUACAACCCGAGGACCGGGGAGCUGCUGGGGCGCACGGCCAGCAGCUGGGCCCUCAUCCUGUUGUUCUACCUGGUGUUCUACUGUUUCCUGGCCGGGAUGUUCGCCCUGACCAUGUGGGUGAUGCUGCUCACUCUGGACGACAACGUGCCGAGGUACAGGGACCGUGUUCCUCAUCCAGGCCUGGUGAUUCGUCCCAGUCCGUUGGAUAUUAAAGUGAACAAAUCCGAUCCUCAGAGUAACGCCGUGUACAUCAAGCAACUGGAGUCGUUCCUGCAGAGGUACAACGACACGGAGCAAGAGAGGAACGAGGAGUGCAAUCCAGGGGAGUACUUCCUGCAGGACGAUACCGAGGAGAACACGAAAAAAGUUUGCCGCUUCAAGAGAGGCUCCCUGAGGUCCUGCUCCGGCCUGUCUGACACCAGUUUCGGAUAUUCCGACGGGAAACCCUGCAUCCUGCUGAAAAUGAACAGGAUCAUUGGCCUGAAGCCCCGUGGGGAUCCGUACAUCAACUGCACAGUAAAAAGAGACAGCCAAAUUGAAAUUCAGUACUUCCCCAGUAAGGGACGCAUUGACAAGAUGUACUUCCCCUACUACGGCAAAAAGGCCCAUGAGAACUACGUGCAGCCCCUGGUGGCCGUGAAGCUGCUGCUCAACAAGGAGGACUACAACAACGAGCUGGCCGUGGAGUGCAGGGUCGAGGGCUGCGACAUUCGCAACAACGACGAGAGGGACAAGUUCCUGGGUCGCGUCACCUUUAGGAUCACGGUGGUCGAGUAAAAUGUGAAAUCACACUGCCAUUUAACGGGAAAAAAAACCAAGUGCAGAGGCUGCCCAUGUUUGAUAUGGAUUUAUGUUCAAAGAUCUUAAAAAAAAAAACAAAAAAAAAAAACAGGAAGGAAGUGUCAAAUGCGUCGCAAAGACUGCAUUUUAUGGGGAUUGUGGUGCCAAAGGGUGUAACGCAGAUUAGUUUGGCUCGGUGUGGAUGCAGGUGUUGAAUGUUGCUUUGAUGACAUUUCUGACUCUUCUUUCCCCCAUGAUCCUUUGCCGACCUCCUUAAGGGAUUUCCUAAACAUGACACAGGCUCUGCUCCGAUCCGCCCGUACAAGCACCUGUCCAUUAUCUUCAUUCCUCCUCACGCCGUUGCACUCCUCAUUCUCCACCCACUAUAUCUAUAUGAGUGUAUAUUUUCUUUCCAGUGUUGAUGUGAUUAGGUCAGUUAUUGCCAUUCCGAACAAGCCAUUUGGAGCUUAUGUGUACGUGCCAGUCUGAUCCCACCUCCUCCUCCUCAUGUUUUUUAGCGUUUCCCGCCGUCAGAAAGGGAAGCGUCGCUUUCAUCUCUCGAUCCUGUGUGAAUGACUGUGCCGGUGCUAGGAAGUCGAGAGAGGAUUUUUAUCUGGCUGUAUAGUGUAAUAUGAGAGGGUUCCUGCCACAUUUUCAGAGUAUUCCACAUUCUCGCGUCACAAAGACUUUAUCAGAUCGUACCUUGAUAAUCAAGUAUAGCCACUGUAUCCUUGUAUAUGAAAUGCCAAUAACAAAGUCCCUUUUAACAUAUGAAUACAUUGUGAUCCUUACCAUAUUUAGGGUAUUAUAGAUAGAUCUUUGUGUUGUGGUCCGUGUGGCCGCGACCCAGUCUUGUGCUGUGUGUCUGUCUGCAUGUCCGUCUGUUUGUCCGUCUGCCCGUCUUCCUGUCUAAUCACCUCUCCGAUGCAAUAGCCAACAGUGCGUGAGGCCUCCAGAGCUAGAGAACACAAAACGAUGGCGACACACACACACACACACACACACACACACGGGAGGUACGGUGUAAAAAUUGCUUUUAAAGUGGAGAGGUGCCAGAAAAAGCGUUGCAAAAAUAAAAGAGGUUCACUGUAACUAUGUACUGUAUAUCUUAUACGUGAUCUGUAUAUCUAUCUGGGUCUCAAAGAUUGUUUGUUAGUUUUCUCUCUUCAGCCUGUUGAUCUGAUUGUCUGCCAAUCUAUUACUCUUCAAUGUAUAUAUAUAUAAACACUAGCUACCAUAUUUACUUAAUUCACACUGUAUUUUUGUCACAAAACACAAUAUGGGUGCACUGUAAAGAAAUAAUUUAAGUAAAGAUUUACAGGAAAAUAUCUUAUUCAAAGCUAUGUUUACACAGUCUUAAAAAGGAGCCCACGUUUGAAAGAACAUCUUGUAACAUCUCUUCAGGGUGCCUUAAGACCUGAUGAAAUAAAUUGUGGAAUAAAAGUGAUUUUGAAGAAAAA